GGCCGGCCCACAUUACAGCAGCGCACCCCUGGAGACCGGCGGCCGCUGGUUCGGUGCUCAGUGCAAGCGGCGGCUCCGAGCUCCUUCCCCUCACCGGCGCCACCAUGUCGUUUCUGAGCCACUCGCCUUCGUACGGUUCGCUUACCGGCUUCGAGGAUGAAUUGCCGACGGACAACCUCUUUCUGUUCGAGAUCGCCUGGGAGGUGGCGAAUAAAGUGGGCGGUAUCUACACUGUCAUCCAAACUAAAACAAAGUUGACGGUGGAUCAACAUGGAGAGAAUUAUAUAUUGAUUGGUCCAUACGUUGAGAAUAGUGUCAAGACGCAAGUUGAGCUGAUCGAUCCACCGAACCUGGCCGUCAAACGCACUAUCGAUUUAAUGAACUCCAGGGGUUGCAAGGUUCAUUUUGGCAGGUGGCUGAUUGAUGGGAGUCCUUACGUUGUACUAUUAGACAUUGCAGCUUCCAGCUGCAAUCUGGAUCAGUGGAAGACGGAGCUAUGGGAUUUGUGCAAUAUCGGAGUUCCCUGGUUUGACAAAGAGGCCAAUGACGCAGUUCUCUUUGGGUUUCUCACUGUGUGGUUUCUGGGUGAAUUUGCUGCCCAGUGUGAGAAGGACAUCUUUCUCCUUGCACAUUUCCAUGAGUGGCUGUCAGGCAUCGGCCUGGUGUUGAGCCGGAUUCGUAAGAUACCUGUGGCAACAAUCUUCACCACGCACGCAACUCUGCUGGGACGCUACCUCUGCGCUGGGAACGUGGACUUUUACAACACCCUGAAAAAUUUUGACGUUGACAAGGAAGCGGGCAGCAGGCAGAUUUACCACCGCUACUGUAUGGAGCGAGCUGCUGUUCACUGCGCUCAUGUCUUCACCACCGUCUCGGAGAUCACCGCCAUGGAGGCCGAGCAUCUCCUCAAUCGCAAGCCUGACGUGGUCACUCCGAAUGGUCUCAACAUAAAGAAGUUCUCCGCCAUGCACGAAUUUCAAAACCUGCAUGCCCGUAGUAAAAGUCACAUCAUGGAGUUUGUCAGAGGGCACUUCUAUGGAUGCCUGAACUUUGAUCUGGAUAAAACCCUUUUCGUUUUCAUUGCGGGAAGAUACGAGUUCACAAACAAGGGAGCUGAUGUAUUCCUAGAAUCUCUGUCUCGUCUGAAUUACCUGCUCAAGGCAAACCGGAGUGAUGUCACCGUCGUUGCGUUCUUCAUCAUGCCGGCGAAGACCAACAACUUCAAUGUUGAAACCCUCAAGGGCCAAGCAGUUCGGAAACAGCUGUGGGACACUGCCAAUGUGAUCAAAGAGAAGUUUGGCAAAAAGCUUUAUGAGUUGCUCUUGGAAGGAGAGAUGCCCGAUAUAAACUCAAUGCUAGAUCGUGAGGACUUCACUAUGAUGAAGAGAGCCAUAUAUGCCACCCAGCGCCGCUCAUUGCCUCCAAUCUGCACCCACAACAUGCUGGAUGAUUCCAAUGAUCAAAUCCUGAAGGCAAUCCGCAGAAUUGGAUUAUUUAACAGCUCAACCGACAGGGUUAAGGUUAUCUUUCACCCAGAGUUCCUGUCGUCCACCAGCCCAUUACUUCCUUUGGAUUAUGAGGAGUUUGUGCGUGGUUGCCAUUUGGGGGUGUUUCCUUCCUAUUACGAGCCUUGGGGAUACACUCCCGCGGAGUGCACCGUGAUGGGUAUUCCCAGCAUCACCACCAACCUCUCCGGCUUUGGAUGCUUUAUGCAACAGCACAUCGCUGAUCCAGCUGCGUACGGGAUUUACAUCCUUGACCGUCGGUUUAGAUCACUGGAUGACUCGUGCAAUCAGCUGACCUCCUAUAUGUACAGCUUCUGUCAACAGUCUCGUCGGCAGCGUAUCAUUCAGAGGAAUCGUACAGAGCGGCUCUCCGACCUACUGGAUUGGAAAUACCUGGGAAGGUAUUAUGUCCAUGCAAGACAACUGGCCUUAGCCAAAGCUUUUCCGGAUUCCUUCACUUCAAGUCUCUGGGAGCCUGAAGUGAGUGAAGGUUUCUGUUACCCUAGACCAGCCUCCAAACCCCCAUCACCAGCCACAUCCCUCCAUUCCAGUCCCUACCACAGCGAGACCGAGGAAGAUGAAGAAAGAUACAAUGAAGAGGAAGAAGCGGAGAAAGACCGAAUGAAUAUAAAACCGAUCGCUAUGAUCAGUUCAAAGUUGGAGAAAAGGAGGGUGAAGAAAAAGAGCCAGGCCAAUGAGCCUAGUUCCCCAGGAAGCCUUAGCUACAGCUCGAGUGACCCCGAAAACCAUAGUGACCUGGGGGCAGAGGAAAGAAACUAGAGCCUCAAGCUACAAUGUUUACAACUACAAAGCUGCCACGUUAUACCAAGUCUACAGUGAGGAGUAAACAGAGGGUGAGAAGGUGAGCUGUCUUUAAAUGAGUGCAGGUUGUUACAGUUAAAUCUCCAAACACCGAUAUACCUCCAUUCACGCUUCCAAGUCACGAGACACAGUAACAAAUUGGAAUUUCAGCCCCACAUCACUGAGAUUGUUGCAAGACAUUUCUGGGAAAUCUCUAAACCCAACAAACUAAAAUAAAACGGGUUGGGAGGUGAACCAGAAUAGUCGGACUGAUUUACAUGAGAUUGUAAACCUACACUGCAAGUUAGAUUGAACAGAAUCUGUAUGUAUGCCACUUGCAUGCUUCUCUCCACAAAUUAACACAUCUUCACAUUUCUUCUGUGUAGAAAGGAAUUGCAGAUGCUAGUUUAUGCCAAAGAUAGACACAACGUGCUCCAGGCACACAGACACAGAGUAACUCAGCUGCUCAGGCAACAUCUCUAGAGGAAAUGGAUAGGUGACCUUUUGGGUCAGAGUGACUCUAAAGAAGGGUUCCGACCUGAAACGUCUCCCAUCCUUUUUCUCCAGACCUGCUGAGUUACUCCAGCACUUUGUGUUUAUCUUCACAUUUCUUCUAUCAGUUUAUGGUAGAGGGUACAUUUGAAAUAGAUAAUUCAGCAUUCAAAACUGGAUGUAGAGAAACUAGAUUAUUUUCAGUGGUUUGCACAGCUGAGAUUAUUUGUACAGGAAUUUAAAGCUUUGCACACUAAAUAUAUGAAUUCAGUUGAAUCAAUUAAUAACCAUUAGAAGCACUCCAGAUGUACAGACAACAACCUGUAAAGCUCUCCAAUAAUCACCCUCCUGUUAUAAGGAUCUGGUAGACAUUAUCAUCAAAUGGGAAAUAUGCAAAUUUGUUGAUUGAAGAAUAUCUCUUAUGAUUUUUAAGAAAAGCUGUGUUCCUUGUUUUCUAUUUUAAUACAAUAAUCAGGUAUGUGAUUAGGGAAGUACUUUGUUCAAAGCAUUAAGCAAAAAGAUGAGCCCACAAUGAUCAUGUGUGAAUGUUUAGUAAAUGAGGACUGAGAAGUGGGGGAGGUAGUUGUAUCUCCUUCCAGUAGGGCCAUUUCCAGCCUGGAUUACCCUCAUAUUUGAUAGUGGGGGCUGUAACACUGGACUGGCAUGAAAUAUCUAACACAGGAAAUGAAGCACCUACUCCUCAAGUCUCAACACAGACAAACCAUCCAACACUUUGGGUGCUCAUAAGGAGAAUGACCAUUUGGGUUCAGGCAUGGGUGGUGUGUGAAGCCACUUACAGCAUGGGCCAGUGUUGCCAUGGAAUAGUGGAACGCAAAAGCUAUUUUUGAGUUGAAUGUGGCACUUUAAACAAACAACGGGAAUACAACUCCAUUUCUGCUCCGAAAGCAAAUUGUGAAAUUUACGGUUGAUGAUUUUUUCUCAUUGUGAACCCCCAGUUCAUUUGUUGAGGAUCUCGCUGUACCUUCCUUCCGCCGUUUACGCUGACUUUUGCUGCUGCUCAUUCUGGUGGCUGUUCACCGUUGAGGAUAAACUUGAACUUAAAUGUAUUGGUAAUUAAUUGGCAGUGACAAGUGAAAGAGUGUGAGAAAGUUAUUGUAAGGGCAUGCAAAUAAACGAGUUACUUUUUUAAA